GUGGACACCUGCGGAGACCGGUUGGAGUGGUCCCAAGGCCAGGCUCCCUUGCACCGGGCAAGGCCCCAGCUUGCAGCUGAAGCCCUGCCCCCAUUCUCCCCUCCUUUCCCCCGCUGUUUCACACCAUUUGAUGCCUUUCCUGCAGAUACCACCUCUCCAGCCAGCAUCGCUUCCCCACGGCCCCCAAGCAUCCGUUCAUCUCUCGCCCUGCCUAGGUCCCGCGGGCAGGCCGCCCUGCACCAGGCCGGGCCUCCUCUUACUUGCAUACGAUGCCCUGCCCCCACUCCCUCACUCCCCGCCCCCCGCGCGCCACUUCGCACCAUUUGACGCCUUCUAACAGUUGGCGCCCCCAGCCCCAGGAGCUCACCUUUCCCGGUCUGCAACAGAAACCCCCUCGCGGGCAAGCCAGGCGGGGCGCGGGGACGCGACGCGAGCCCAGCCCUCUCCCUGCCUCCCCAGGUGCGCCCACUCGGCCUCCGGAGCCCGCACGGUCCGCGGGGCAGUGCCCUGAGUGGACCGUCGUCUUCGACCUGUCGGCUGUGGAACCUGCAGAGCGCCCCAGCCGAGCCCGCCUGGAGCUGCGCUUUGCGGCGGCGGAGGUGCCUGCCGGCUGGGAGCUGAGCAUAACGCAGGCGGCAGAGGGCGAGGGCCCCGGGCCGGUGCUGCUCCGCCAGACGGUGCCCACCUUGGGAACGCCAGUGCGCGCUGAGCUGCUGGGCGCCGCCUGGCCCCGCAACGCGUCAGCGCCGCGCAGCCUCCGCCUGGCGCUGG